AUGAGAAUAGCAAUAGAAACAAAAUUAUUAAUAUUAUUUAUUCUAAUUUAUCCUAGUAAUGUAAUAGAGUCUGUAAAUAUUUUAAGUUGGAGUGGAAUAAGUUGGUGGGGAUUAGGUGAAAGACCUUAUAGGUAUCCUAGUUAUCUUGGACAAACUGUUGAUUCCGAGAAAGAGUGUAAAUAUGAAUGUGGUCAUUAUAAGGAAAAAUCAAAAUUACAUGAUUCUCAAAUAGUAUUAUUCGAAGGUCAACCUUUAUCAUCGCUUUAUUAUAACUAUCUAUCGAAACCACCAGAGUUCCCUCAGAAAGAAGUCGGUCAAUUCUUUUUGAAUUUCGGAUUCGAGCAUGAUAUCUAUUUUCCAAUCACCACUGAACAGAGAUUUUUAGAUCAUAUCGAUUAUCAAAUGACAUUCAAGAAUAGCAGUGAUAUUCCUAUUACUUUCGCCUGUCUCUGGGGAACCUAUGACAGUGGUCGUGGUCUGGAGAGCUUCUCUACCUUUAAUAAUACUUUGCCAUUCAGUAAGAAGAAGAAAUCGAUUGCAAUGGUUACCUACAACUGUGAACAGGGCGGUGCAUACUAUAGAAAUGCUUAUGUUCGAGAUUUGAUGUCUUCCUACAAGGUAGAGAGUUUCGGACAGUGUAUGAACAAUGCUCAGUUGGAUCCAGAGGAUGUGAUGCCCAUAGGUGUAUGGAAAAACAUUGGAAUGGCAAUGAGAUACAAAACACAGGCCAUCAAGAAACAUCUCUUUGUUGUUGCAUUUGAAAACAAUAAUUUUACUGAUUAUGUAUCAGAGAAAGUUUAUACUGCUCUCCUUGCAGGAACUGUUCCAGUUUAUAUGGGUGCAGAUAAUAUAGAUAAAUAUGUUCCAGAGAAGAGUAUAAUUAAGACAAGUGAUUUCCAAAGUCCAUUCAAGGUUGCUGAAUAUUUAAAUUAUUUAACCAAUAAUGAAACAGCAUACAAUGAGUAUUUCGAAUGGAAAAAGAAACCACUUCCUGAGCACUUUGUUGAUAAAUAUAAUAAGUGUGUUUUCUAUACAGGUGAAUGUAGGUUAUGUACUUUAGUUACUGAAAGAAUUAUAAAUGAUGCAAAAGUUGCAAUUCAAAAUGAUAAAUUUAGAGUGGAUUUUGGUGAACCAUGGGAUGCAAUUCAACAUAUAAGAGCUUUACAUUUAUCAAGUGAAUCAAAUAGCUGUGUCAACAUUGGUCAUUCGACAACAGCGAAAAGAUCGAUUGAGAAUGAAUUUACCUUUGAAACAUGGUUAUUACCCGAUACUGUCAGAAGUCAUUCAAUUAUUAAUCUUGGAGAUGGAUUCUUGGAAGCAAAUAUAGUUAAAAUUGGAAAAAGAAUGUUUUUUGAAGUUUGUAUGAAUCACAAGACAGAUUGUAUAACAACCGAUAGAACAUUUGAAAUUCAAUGGAAACACUUUGCAUUCACUAUGAAAUUCGAUGAGAAAUCUCAAACUAGUGAAAUUAAUCUAUAUGUAAAUGGAAUGCAGGAUGCAAAGAAGAUAUGGCCUGGAUUUAUUAAGAAAAAGGAUUUGAAAAUAAAUGUUGGAUGUACUAAAGAUAACAUAUUCUCAGGAAUGUUGGAUGAUGUUACACUUUGGAGUAGAGUACUGACGGAAAGAGAGAUUUCAAAAUCAAUGUUUAAGAAAUUCAGAGGUGACGAUGAAGGACUUCUUCUCUAUAUGACAUUCAAUGGUGGAACUAUUGUCGAUUACUCUGUCAAUAAAUUGGAUAUAGGUUCAAAAAACGCUCAAGUUAUCGAUAUCAAACAUAAAAAUUUAGAUUUAAAUUGUUGUUAA